AUGCACCCGGCGGGGCCGGUCGCGCUCUCGCUGGGCUCGCUGGGGCUGCUGCGGCUGCUCGGGGCCCCGUGGGGCUGGAGCGCGGCGGCGGCGCUGGGGCUGGGGCUGGGCACCGGGGGGUGGCGGCUGCUCCGGAUCAUCGUGAAAACGGCACCGAGAGACCUCUUCGGCCUGUACGUGCUGCUCCGCGUGCGGUUCCAGCUGUCCCGGCACCGCCGCCGGUGCCGCUCGGUGCCGGCGCUGUUCGCGGCGGUGGCGCGGCGCGUCCCGGCCAAGGCGGCGCUGGUGGACGCGGCGUCGGGCGCGGCGUGGUCGUUCUCGCACCUGGACCGGGUGUCCGACGCGCUGGCGCACCUGUGCCGCGGCCGCGGGCUCGGCGCCGGCGCCGUGGUCGCCGUGUUCAUGGAGUCCCGGCCCGAGUUCGUGGCGCUCUGGCUCGGCUGGGCCAAGGCCGGCGCGGAGGCGGCGCUGCUGAGCUCGCACCUGCGCGGGGAGGGGCUGCUGCACGGCAUCACCUGCGCAGCGCGCACGGGCGCACAGGCUGUGGUGUUCGGCACUGAGCUGGGAGCAGCCCUCUCCGAGGUGAGCUCUGCCCUGGGCCCGAGGCUGCAGAAAUUCUCCUGGGGCCCCCCGGAUUUGGGGCCCAUCCCAGAGGGGACCCAGGCCCUGGAGCCCCUCCUGGAGAGAGCCCCCAAAACGCCCCUGCAGGACGGGCCCGGCAAGGGCAUGGACGACCGUCUGUUCUACAUCUACACCUCGGGCACCACCGGCCUGCCCAAGGCGGCCAUCGUGGUGCACAGCAGGUAUUUCCGCAUCGCCGCCUUUGGUUAUUUCGCCUUCCGGAUGCGCCCCGAUGACGUCAUCUACACCUGCCUGCCGCUCUACCACUCUGCAGGGAACAUCCUGGGGGUGGGGCAGUGCCUCCUGCACGGCCUCACCGUCGUCAUCCGCAGGAAAUUCUCGGCCUCCAGAUUUUGGGACGAUUGUGUCAAAUAUCGCUGCACGGUGGUGCAGUACAUCGGGGAGCUGUGCCGGUACCUGCUGGCCCAGCCGCGCCGCGAGGCCGAGCGCCGGCACCGGGUGCGUUUGGCCGUGGGCAAUGGGCUGCGGGCGCCGCUCUGGGCGCCGUUCCGCGAACGCUUCGGCAUCGCCCGCAUCGGCGAGUUCUACGGCGCCACCGAGUGCAACUGCAGCGUGGCCAACCUCGACGGAAAGGUGGGCGCCUGUGGGUUCAACAGCCGCCUCCUGCCCAACGUUUACCCCGUUCGGCUGCUCCGCGUCCGUCCGGACUCGCUGGAGCUGCUCCGGGAUUCCCGCGGCCUCUGCAUCCCCUGCGCCCCAGGAGAGCCCGGCCUGCUGGUGGGCCGCAUCGACCAGCGGGACCCCCUGCGCCGCUUCGACGGCUACGUCAGCGCCGGCGCCACGCGCAGCAAGAUCGCGCACGACGUGCUGGCCAAGGGCGACCAGGCCUACCUGUCAG